GGACGACUAAACAUCAGAACGUUCCGUAGUUUCGUUGUCAUUCCGCGUUCGACGUUUUCUCGUUACUGAUUACGGCCGGUCACUUCGUCCCCGUCCGAGAGCAUCGGUAUUAACUCGUGUCCCCUUCUGUCUCUCGUCCGUCUCGUCAUGGAACCGGUGGUAGUAAAAACGACGCCGUUUGAAGGGCAAAAGCCAGGAACUAGCGGUUUGCGCAAAGCUGUCAAAGUAUUUCAGCAGCCUAACUACACGGAAAACUUCGUGCAGUCUAUUCUCGGCGCCGUCCAACCGUCGGCCGCCGGCAGCACCUUGGUGGUCGGUGGCGAUGGCCGGUUCUUCUGCACUGAAGCCGUGGACUUGAUAAUUAAAAUCGCCGCUGCCAACGGGGUAAAAAAAUUAAUUGUAGGACACAAAGGAAUUUUAUCAACUCCAGCUGUGUCCUGCAUCAUUCGUAAAUACAAAGCAACCGGUGGCAUAGUACUUACAGCUAGUCAUAACCCAGGAGGUCCUAAUAACGAUUUUGGUAUUAAAUACAACACAGCCAACGGAGGUCCUGCUCCAGAAUCUGUUACAAAUGCUAUCUAUGAGUUAACCAAAAAUAUCACUUCUUAUAGUAUUGUACCAGAUUUAAAAUGUUCUAUAGAUUACUGUGGCUUACAAUAUUUUAAAGUUAGCGGUAAAGAAUUUGAAGUAGAAGUCAUUGACUCUGUUGUGGAUUAUCUUCAGUUGAUGAAAAGAAUUUUUGAUUUUGAUGUUAUUCGCAAGUUAAUUCAAGGAUCCAACAAUAAAGCACCUUUUAAUAUUCUUAUUGAUUCAAUGAACGGAGUUACUGGACCUUAUGUAAAGAAAAUUUUUAUUGAAGAAUUAUGUGCGCCAUCUAAUAAUGCUAUCAAUGUAAAACCUUUAACUGAUUUUGGCGGAGUUCAUCCAGAUCCUAAUCUUACUUAUGCUCAUGGCCUUGUAAAAGCAUUACAAGAAGGGGAGUAUGAUCUUGGUGCCGCUUUUGAUGGAGAUGGUGAUCGUAAUAUGAUUCUUGGUAAAAAAGCAUUUUUCAUCAACCCGAGUGAUUCGUUAGCUGUUUUAGCCAACAAUUUAGAAUGUAUCCCUUACUUUAAAGAAAAUGGUGUCAGAGGAUUUGCCAGAAGUAUGCCAACAGGUGCAGCUGUGGAUAGGGUGGCAGCAAAGCAAGGAAAAGAACUUUUUGAAGUGCCUACGGGAUGGAAAUUUUUUGGAAAUUUGAUGGAUGCUGGUCGUUUGUCACUCUGUGGUGAAGAAAGCUUUGGAACUGGUUCUGAUCAUAUUCGUGAAAAAGAUGGAAUAUGGGCUGUCUUGGCAUGGUUAUCAGUGUUAGCCAAUACUGGAGAGUCAGUAGAAACUAUACUUACUAAUCAUUGGAAAACUUUCGGACGUAACUACUUCACUAGAUAUGACUAUGAAAAUUGUGAAUCUGAGCCAUCUAAUCAACUUAUGUCAGAUUUGGAAAAAAAAGUUACUGAUCCUGCAAUUAUUGGUCAGAAAUUUAUUUAUGGUUCAAAGGUUUAUAUUUUCAAACAAGGUGAUAAUUUUGAAUAUUGUGAUCCAAUUGAUAAAAGUGUCACUAAAAAACAGGGUAUAAGAGUGUUAUUUGAAGAUGGUUCCAGAUUUGUCUUUAGAUUAAGUGGUACUGGCAGUAGUGGUGCUACUAUUCGUUUAUAUGCUGAAUCAUAUGAACCACCAACUUCAAAUAUUUUAGAAGAUGCUCAAGUGGCUCUUAAUCCUCUUGUUCAAAUAGCAUUGGAGAUUUCUAAACUGGUACAAUUUACUGGACGUACUUCUCCAACUGUGAUUACGUAAGAAUCCUGAGGUUCUUUAUU